GUGAGCAUUUUGUUCUAACGUGAGUAACGACGCGGCGCAACGAUUUUGCUGCUUGACGAAGAAAAACGUGCUUAAUGCAAAAGUUGGCUUUUAAGUCCGAUCGAAGGACUCGUCUGGCCGCGUUUACCUUGUACCUGUGCUGUGGCAGACCGUUCUGCAACCCCCCGUUCGUUUUCCUUGUGCCCUGCACUCAAAUGCGACACAUCCGCCCAGAAAAGAGCCCCCAGUGAAUUGUACUUUUCUUGGGACUUUUGCAAAUGUUAAUCUGAUAACAAUACGCGGCGGCGGUGCCUUAAUUUCAAUUAAAUAAAGAGAGCGCGGCGGCGGCGUUUAUGUCGUAUUUUUUUUUGUAAGAAUAAACCAUACGGGUUUGGCGCGUGUGUGUGAGUGAGUAAGCGCUGAAGAUGCGCGAAAUCGUCAAUUAAUUGCAGCAACAACAACAAUCGCACGGCGCAAAUAACGUGGGGCCAAAAGGUGCGAAUGAAGCGCAAGAAAAAGAAAAAUCAAUAGGAAUAGAAUGCAAAUCGCCGGGGAAAAUGUAUCGAUAUAUAGCCCAAGCCCAGAUCCAAGUCAAAACCACCGCCACAAGGAGCCAGCGAGACGGCGCUAUUAAUAAACAAAAAUAAUAUCGCAAUAUUGGGGCGGGCGCUGCGUCGCCUACGCAGAUGAUGCGUUGCAAACGCCAAGUUGCGUAAUUGCCGCAGCCAAGUGUACGAAUCCGAAUCCGAGACCGUGCAAAAACAACAACUAACUAACAACUCGUAUUUCGCCGCUAAAACGUUAGAACAAAGUUCGUGGCCAGAGUCUCCUCUCUAACGUGUGUGUGUGUGUGCCUGUGUGACGCGUGUGUGUGUUUACUCCGGUGUAAGUGCCAGUUCUUUGCCAACAACAACAUGGCCGCCGCAACAGAUGGCUCUGCCAGGGCGGCCGCAGCAGCGGCGUCGACGUCGCCGCGAACAGCAGCAUCCAACGGGAGCGGCAAACCGCCCGGAUCCGCCCCCUCGUCAGCGACUGGGGCGGGAGCAGCGGUGGCGGGCGCUGCCACUUCCUCCUCCGCCGGACUUCCCGCCUCCGUCUCGCACUUCUACUACAAGCACGGCCUCUUCCUGUCCAGCUAUCCGACGUGCGCCUCCAGCAUCGCCUUCAUGGCGAUUUUGCUUUCGUGCUAUCCGCUAAUCAACAUACCGUUGCCCGGGACAAUACCCACCAAGAUUGUGCUGCCCUACGAGGCGGGUUCUGGGUCUCUGACGACGUACAAUCACAGUAACUCCACGAUUCCGACGCAGGCUUCGCCCACCGCCGGGGAACCUCCGCCUGCCGGCCACACCCAGAUUCUCAACGGCAGUGCCACGGACCGCAGCCCGCCUCCCCUGCUGCCAUGGGCCCAGAGCAGCCCCGCCUUCUUCUACGUCCAACAGAUAACGCUCCGAGCGAGCGUGCUCCCGUGGACCGAGGGGAUGCAGCUGAUGGAUGCAUUUCGUGCGCCGCUGUACGAAGUUUUUAAAUUGCUCGAAAUUGUGCGCAAUCACCAGAGCAGCGAAAACCAGCGCACCCUGGAGCACAACUGCCUGCAUGUGGAGAACGUGAAGCGCGGGACCCACGGGCAGCUGGACCAGAUCUUCCCCGAAUAUGGCUGCCUGCUGCUCUCGCCGGCAAACCUGUGGACUCAGAAUGCUCAGAACUUCACCCGAGACACGAACAUCCUGAACACCAUAUUUCAGUACCAUAACCUGCAAAAAUCAAAGGUAUCCGCUGCGGAAAUGCUGUUUGGCCUGCCUAUGCAGGACACUGGCUUCAAGCGCUACCCACUCCGCGCUCGUUCACGGAUCAUACAGUAUGCCUUGACGUUGGUCCUCAAGCACAACGACGUGGAGUACCUAGAGACACUUAAGGAGAAGCUGCAGCGACACUAUCCGCCGCUGCCAUUGGCAUCGUCGGCAGGUGCUUCAACUGAGGAGCCAUCGACGGUUACGUACAUAUUCUACCCUGGAGAAUACAGGAUGUGGGAGUUAGUGCCCUACACAGUAGCCUUCAUGCUGGUGUUUGCGUACGUCUACUUCUCUGUCCGUAAAAUCGAUGUAUUUCGUUCCCGCUUCUUGCUGGCUCUGUGCAGCGUGAUUACAACGGCCGGAAGCCUGGCCAUGUCCCUUGGCUUGUGCUUCUUCUUCGGCCUGACCAUCUCACUGCAGUCAAAGGACAUAUUUCCCUACCUGGUAAUCCUGGUGGGACUGGAAAACAGCUUGGUUAUCACGAAGAGCGUAGUGUCAAUGGACGAGACGUUCGACGUAAAGAUCCGCGUGGCGCAAGCACUAAGCAAGGAGGGAUGGCAUAUAUCCAAGACGCUGCUGACGGAGAUCACAAUAUUGACUAUUGGACUCGCCACUUUCGUGCCAGUCAUCCAGGAGUUCUGUAUCUUCGCCAUAGUCGGUCUGCUCUCGGACUUCAUGCUACAAAUGCUGCUCUUCUCAACCAUCCUGGCCAUGAACAUCAAGCGGGCCGAGUAUACGACGGAGGCAAAGCACCUGCCCAAGAUGCUGUUGAGUUGCACGCAGGGAGCUGGUCGCCAGGAUUUCCGCUUCUUUGGUGCUGCCCCGACGAUGCCGCCCUUUGUUCCCGGCACCUUCCAGCGCUCGCAGUCGCAUCCGAAACUCUGUUUUGCAGAUCCCGCAUCUGUCAACGAUCGGACAAACUUGGUCAACGGCCACUCGCCGCAGGAACAGCGAAUCCCCAAGCGCAUAAAGAUUGUAAACUUUUGGGCGCGCACCCGCUUUUUCCAGCGGGCUUUCAUGAUCUGGAUGAUUGUAUGGAUCUGUUCUAUAGUGUAUAACUCGGGAUGUCUGGAGCAGCUGUUUAGCAUGGAAAGCAAUGGCACGAUGACGGCAACUCUCGAACUGCAACGGCGCCUACAGGCGGGCCGCGGAGCCGUGAGCAGCUUCUUCGAAGGAUGGCAAGCCGAUGGACAGCGGCAAAAGACAAGUGCUCCCAGCAGCAGCGGCUUUUCCACGCCACUGCAAGCUCCACUCUCGAACGACAUCAACGAGACGGCCGAAGAAUUGCUGCGCCUGCGCUACCCCAACUUUGACUUAAACUAUUUCCUCUCGAACUUCCACUGGUCCACGAUCAUGAAGCAGUACAACGUCUCACUGAGCGGGCACUAUGUGACCCUGCUGCCCACCAUUCGGCUGAGCCAUGCUAUCACGCCGGAACUGGCCACGCUGCUGCGCAAUCCGCAGGAGCAACUGCAACAGAAUUUCCAGUGGAAGGCCUUGGCCGCCGCCCUUGAUCCGCUGGACUUUAACGACGACGACGUGCGGCGCGAAUCCCCGAUGGUUAUGGCCGGCGGGAUGCCGCUGGUUCCUAAGAGCCCCAUGGAAAUAUUCUUCGCCAUCCUUUUGUGCUGCAUUAGCAUCUUCGUGCUGUGCUACACGAUGGUGGUAUUCUACCGCUGCAUCUGCACUAGAAACUAUGCAGAAUGGCGUUCCAGCUGGCACGAGUCCGAGGCGCCGUACAAGCAGACUGAGCAGAUCCUCGAGGGUGUACCCACACAGAUCGCCGGCCACAAGCACCGCAUUGAAUGUCUGGUCUCCGAUGGUUCCUACAUCAUCAGCUGUUGCCUUAAGGGCCAAAUACGUGUGUGGGACGCACGCAGUGGUGAGCAGCUGACCAGCAUCGCCCGCUCCGACAUCCAGAUCUCUCAACCGCGACCAGAUGGACAGACGCUGGUGCGCAAGUUGCCAGUGUCACCGGUGUGGUGUCUGGACUACUAUGAUAAUCUCAUCGCCGUAGGCUGCGCCAAUGGACGCGUAGAGCUGUGGGAAUCCCCGGCCGGGUUGCUUAAGUGUGCCUACCAGGAGGAUGCCAAGAGAAACCAGGGUAUAACCCACAUCCACUUGAACGGCGAUCGAGUGAUUGUGGCCCGUCUGAACGGGCGACUGGACUUCUACCGGUUGGAGACAUAUUACAAGGGAAAGCAGAUCGACUGGGGUUUUACCUCAGCCUACAGACGAACUCAUGUCCGAACUGGAUCCACUGGAAGCCUGGGACUGAUAAUGCAGCACCGCAGCCAGCAGGAUGCCUCCCAGAAGACCACUAAGGAGGAGAUGAAAAUCACGUUGGAGGGCGUGCGAUUAGCUCAUCAGCAGCCAAUAACCUGCAUGCAGGUCGUCAACGACAUGGUUUUCACCGGCAGUCAGGACCACACUCUCAAGGUGUAUUGUCUAAACAAAUCGGAUGUGGAGUAUACUCUGCACGGACACUGUGGACCCGUCACCUGCCUGUUCGUGGACCGCUGGCAACCGGGCACCGGGGGCUCUGGAUCCCAGGAUGGUCUGCUCUGCGUUUGGGAUCUUUUUACGGGUGCAUGCAUGUAUAACAUCCAAGCUCAUGACGGCGCCGUCAGCUGCCUGGCCUGCGCCCCCAGCUAUGUGAUCUCGCUGGGCACGGACGAGCGAAUCUGCGUGUGGGAGCGGUUUCAGGGAAACCUGCUAACCACCAUUAACAUCUCAAACGCGUAUUCGAGUCUGCUGAUGCUGACACCGUCCCUGCUGGUAACCAGCAAAAUGGGGUCACUUAUUGUGUGGGAUGUGCGCACUGGACAGCCGGCCCGCGAGGUCAAGCUGGACUUUGCCAAUCUCCAGCUGUGCCCCAAAAUCAUGAUGCUCGCCUGCGAUUCGGUGGUUUGUGACUACGGAAACGAGAUCCGCGUCGUCCGCUUUCCCAUUGUGGCUGACAAAUGUCACUGAAGCGCAGGAAGAGAUGAAUUUUCCGUUGCCCGCUAGCCUCUAGGAAUAAGUUGACUCUCGGCUCUGAAACGCCUCGAAGCCAUUGACGCAUUCACUAAUUUAUACAUUGUUAGGGCUCGCAGGAUUUUACUAUCUAAACAAAUGCACUGUGCGUAACUUUUUGCUAGGAUUUCAUUUUAAUUUUUCAGACACUGGGUGUAACAGCCGCCGGCUGAAACAUCGAUAGGUUAAGGAACUAAACUAAAUGAAAAGAAUAUACACACAUAUAUUUUCGCAUAACUAUAUAAACUACAUAGUGUCUUAAAGCGCCUCAGCAUAACAUAAAAUGACUAAAUGUUAAAUUAAAUACUAUAUUUAUUAGAAUCACCUACGCUUAAUUUUCUAUACGAAAAGUAAAACUUACAAAAGAAUAACUGUCA